AUGGCAUCAAUAUUUCGAAAAGGAAAACAAGUAGAGCUCCGACCUAGAAAAGGUCAUGACAUGAAAUGGUCAUGUGACAAGCAUGGUGAACCAAUCAAAUUUUACUGUAAGAAACACAAAAUUCCUAUUUGUCAUCCAUGUGCUACCAAAGAUCACAGUCAGAAACCAUGUGAGCUAGACGACAUCGAGGAUGUCAUCUUCGAAAGGAAGAGACAACUGGAUGAGAAACGGCCAAAAAUACAGGAACUUCGGAAACAAGUGGAAGCCCUCGCCACGAAAAUAAAGACUGCAUCAACGUCUGGAAAUACUCAUCUUCGGACAAUGAACAACAACAUUCAAGCAUCAUAUUACGACAAGUUUGAAUCUGUUGAAGAAAAGGAGAACAGGAUGAUUAGGGUUAUUAACGAGGAGGCAGAUGAGGAAAUAAGACUAGUAAAUGAGAAGAGAGAAAAACGGAUAAAGGAUUGCAACACCGAGAGAGAAAAUGAGCGACAAAUCAUCAAAGACAAAGAAACAAAACUUCUGUCAGAUUCAAAGAAAAUUAGCGAAGUCGUUUCAAAGAAGUUCAAAGAUCUUACUAUUAAAAAUCAGCAUUUAAUAAAUACUAUUAAGAACAUUGAAUCAACCAUCACACGAAUAAACCAACAUGAUGAAACAUUGGUGAAUGAAGCUCCUCAAGUACUUGCAUCUAUUGACGAAAAUUUAAGUUUCAAAGUUCAUCAAGAUGUUAGCGAAUGUCUUGACCGAAUACAGGGUGAAGUUGAGAGAGUGAAGUUUGUAGAGGGGGAAGUAGGUGGAGAAUACUAUGGUAGAACUGAUGGGUAUAUAGGUAAAUGGAAACUUGUCAAAUCAAUCUACAUUCCAUUGGUCGGUGGGGUGCGUGGUUUAGUCAGUGAUGAUGAGAUAUGUGUGCAUGACGUAGGGAACAAAGACACGUAUGUUGCCAACAUCAACACUCAACACACAAAGAACGUCAUUGAUGGAGGUGAGUGGAUUACAUCAUGUGCGCCCAUAGACAGUAACUUAAUAGUAUGUGGUAAAGAGAGAUGGGAUCGCACGGGUGACAGGUUGGAUAGAUUCAUCACUCUCUAUGACAGACAAUGGAAGGUGAUUAGAGACAUCAACAUACCAAGGAAAGGAGACGAGUAUAAUGUGUAUGUUGAUGUUGACAGGGAUGGGAUGAUCAUCGCUGCUCAGUAUGAUCAGUCUACUAUCUACGUCAUCAAUCCUGCUAAUGAUAACAUAGUAAACACUAUUACGGUGCAGGGUAAGGAGGUGUCGGGUGAGAUACAAGUCUUGUCAUCAGGUGAUAUCGUUGUGAAGACAGAUUAUGAUGAAUACACUGUCAUCUCACGAUCAGGAGAAGAGAAGGCUGUCAUACACUGUAAUGAGCAUGAUGAGUGGCGCGACUCAGAUUGUCACGUUGACAAACUGACAGACACACUCUACAUCGCGAUCUGGGAUAGAGCGCGUAAGAUCUACGCAGUUGAUCAGGUGUCACGUGAUGGUAUCAUCCAGGCAAGGAGGAUCGUGGAAUACAUGAAAUCAGAUCGCUCUGACUAUGUCAACCCUUGUCUCGUUACUCCAUCUGGUAACCUCAUAGUAUGCGAUGGGGACAAACUUCAUCUUUACAAGAAGACAUUCAUCUUGUAAAUCAUCAGGUAUUUCAAUGAAUGAUGUGUGAAACAGUUAUAGACGAGAUACUUAUUUUUAGUUUCAUUUUCAUUUUGAUUCAUGUCUCCCAACAUGACUACAUUCAUAAUGCGCGUGGUGACGG